AAGUGAUUUUUUUUAUGCGAAGCAAAAUCUAAUUGGAAUUAAAUAAUAUAUAAAGUGAAAUGGCAUACAAAACUAAAUAAAUAUAAAACCGCGCGUCGGUCGACCCUCAAAAAGGAUCUGCAUAUGCAGCCCAGGGCGACGCAACGCAUAACAAACGCACUUGCAUAAAAGCUCAAAUCGAAGCCGUACUCAAAGCUUUCGCUCUCAGUGAAACAACCCAGCGACGUAGCAGCAGCAGCAGCAGCAGCAACAACGUAACAAGAAUAUAGAAAUAUAAAGGUGUGAGAGUAGCUAGUGUGCUGCAGCGGCUGCUGCUGGCGUCGCUGCUGCUGCAAUGAGCGUCUUUGAUGACUUUCAACGCUUGUGGAUGCAGCGCUUUCCACAAAGCUCACUCUCCGACGCCUGGGAGCAGGAUGUGCGCGCCAGUCUCGAGCGACAUAAGCUCAAAAUUGGUGAAUUGAGUAAAGAGCUCGAACAGGAGACAUUGUAUGUUGAAUAUCUGGAACGUUUGCUAUCCGAUGUGGAGAAAUAUCGCGAAUCUGGCGGCGAUCCGACAACACUGUUCGAGGCAGCCACCAACAGUCCGGCAGCAUCCCAUCAUGCAACACAGCAACAACAAUCGCCCACCACCAGCAGCAGCAGCUGCGUCGCUGCCAAUGGUUCAACUGGUGCGACGUCGACUGCGAAUGCUGGCGUCGUCGACAAAGACUUUAAAUCUAGUUUGAAUCUGCGUGAGGCAUCAUCUGCGUCAUCAGCCAGCAGCAAGGACAAGGACAGGCUGUCCCUCAGCACCGACAACAAAUACACACACACACAGAAUGACAGUGGUGGUGUUGGUGGUGGUGGUGGGUUGAGCUCAGCGCCACCCACUGGGAAACGUAGCAUAACGGAGCACAGCUUCGAGCGUGAGGAUAAAAAAGACAGUGGCAAUGAGAAGGACUCAAAUGGAGCGCUUCAGCAGUGCAUCACUGAGCUGGCGGCCUCCAUUGGCAGCGGUGCGCUCAAAUCGAAUAACGAGCAACGACAAACGCCAGCAACAAACAACAACAAUGAUAGCCACACCAGCAGUAGCAGCAGCAGCAAUAAGCUGCAACAGCAGCAACAGGAAACGUUGGGCAGUGCUACCGGGGGGGAGGCCGCAAUGGUGGAUGCUGGCUCAAAGGAGCAAUCGAAACAGCUGCGCAAGUCGACAUCGCACUUUGUUACCGUCAUCGAGGUCAAAGAGGCCAAAGACAAAGACAUCGAUGAUGCAGCGACGUCAGCAACGUCGGCGACGGGGUUGAAUGACACGGCGACAGCAACAGCAACAAAUACAACAUCGACGUCGACGUCGACGCCUCCAUCGACAUUUGGACGCUACACGGAACGCAGCAAGGACGCAACGGCGCCCCCGCUAUCGCCAUCGAUGACAUCGCCCGCCAUGUCCGCCUCAUCGUAUGCCGCGCAUCUGGAGGCCAAAAAGAAAAUGCCACCCAGACCGCCGCCAAAGAAUAUAAGACGCGUGGAACCGCCCACCAUUCCCAGCCAACAGCAUCAGCUGUCGUCGUCGCCGAAGCGAGAGACACCCUAUGCGGGCAGCACAAUGCCCCUGCCGGGCAGUAGUUCCGGUUCGGGCGAUAGUCCGGCCAGUUCGCUGGAGCGCAACAUUAAGCCAUCGGAUAUACUGCGACAGAAGUCAUCGGAGAAUCUGGAAUCGAAGUAUGCCGCGAACAGAAAGACAACGCCAGAGCUAAGUAAGCUGGCCAAUACGCCCGAGCUAAUGGAGGAGCUGGGCCGUAAAAUGGUUGGCAAGACGGACAGUCUGGAGCAUGCAAAGCGCAAUGACGGCGGCGGCGGCGGUGGGACCACCAAUGGUGGCAGUCUCGGACGCACUGCAUCUACGCCGGGACGCACACUAACGCCAGCAGGACGUAACCAGGCAGUGGGUGGGGCAGCUGGAGCGGGAGCAGGCACUGUGGGCGCCUCACCCACUGGCAGCCUGAAUAAGGCGGCCAAACUGAACGCCGCCGACAGCAGCUCGACCUCGAGUCUAGAGAAAAAAUCGCGUACUUCAUUGCAGGCCAGCGACGCUGAAACGCCAGCGGCUGCCCAACGCAGCAUCGGCUCCAAGGAGUCCCUUGCAUCACAAGGCAUAUCGGAAGUUAUCAAGAGCUACGAGUCGGUGUCAUCGCUCAGCUCGGACAGCGCCAAGGCGGCACAGCAGGCGGAUAAUGAGCCGUAUUAUGAUAGCGUGCCGCUGGACAAUGGCGAUGGAGAGUAUGUGUUCAUUAAGCCCGGCCGCACCGGCUCCUCGUCCAGUCGCGAUGAUCUGUCCACGCCGGGCAGCACGCUGCCCAUGGCCCAAUUAAGCAGUCAGGCGAGCGUAACGGAUCCCGAAUCUCCAGGCCGUACCUCCAACUAUGUGAACAUUGAUUAUUUUCUUCAGAGCAAUGAGACGCGCUCGAGUUCACUGGACAGCGAUGGCGAAUACGAGGGUCCGCCAAUAUUGCGCACCAUUUCACAUGAUGAACAGCAAUCAACAUCCACAUCACAGACGCCAGGCGUAUUACGCAAGAACUUAGUUUCAGCGAUACUCGUCUCUGGCAAUGCGCGCGGUGCCAAAAUACGUUCCAUUCUGAGCUCAAUAAUACACAGCGAGACUAUCUACGUGGAAUGCCUCAAUAAAAUGUUACAGUACAAGCGCGCUAUUCAUGCAACGCUGGGCACAUCACAGCCUGUGAUCAAGGAGGAGGAGGAGAAUACGAUUUUCUUCAAGAUCGAUGAGCUGCACGAGGUGCACACCAGUUUUCUGGGUGAUCUGAAGACAAUUGUGUCGCACGAGGGCGGCGAUGUGCUGAUUGGGGAGCCGUUCAAGCGAUUGGCAGACAUGUUUGAUCUGUACAGCGCCUUUCUGCACAACUACGGCCAGGCAAUCGAUACGGUGAAAAAGUGCAGUGCGAAUAAUCCGCAAUUCAAGAAGAUCGUGUCGACAAUUGUGGUCAAUCUGCAAACGGAACAGUCGCUAACGCUGGAGGAUCUGCUGCACAAGCCGGUGGCGCGUGUGCAAAUCAAUGCUCUCGUAUUUAAUGAUCUGUUGCGUGAGACGCCACCAAAUCAUCCGGAUCAUCAGCCGUUGCGGCAGGCACAGAAGAUCAUACAAAUGUUCCUCAAUCAGUUCAAUGUGGUCAAUCAGCGAUUGCCGCAAGAGUCGAAUCGUAAUUUGCGCCGAAUGGUGCGCAACUCGUUCAUUGUGGAGCUGGUCGAUGGUCAUCGCAAGCUGCGCCAUUUGUUCCUCUUCAAUGAUGUGAUUGCGUGUGCCAAAUAUAAGGCCCUUGGGCGGGAUCGCAUCGAUUACGAGCUCAAAUGGUUCAUACCACUGAAGGAUGUCAAUGUCUUCGAAGAGUCCGAUACGAGUGCGGACCUCAAGGAAUCUAGUCCCGCGAAUAUAUCGCAAGUGAAGCGUAAUCUGCGCUCGGUGCGCGAUCAACUGAUACUCGAGGCAAACGGUGUACGCACCGGCGACAAGUAUCGUCGUAAGCUGGCCGAUCUGGAGUCACAGCUGGUGCUGGCCACGCCCAAUCUAGUACUGCGGCUCGGCAAUAAGGCCAACAAUAAGACCAUGACCUUUUUCCUCAGCUCCGAUUUUGAGCGCACACAAUGGAUGGACUCGAUUAUGUCGCUCAAGCAAAAAUGUAAUCUGCCUGGGGCGAAUACGAUCAACUCGCUGGAGGUCACCGCAUUCAUAGUGGCCAUGCAGAAGGGCAUGAAGACUGAAAUGGGCUCGUAUCUGAUGCGCAACACGAACGAUGAGAGUCUGCUCGUUGGGGAUCUGCAUGUUGGGGUGCAGGGAUUGCAGGGAUUAGAACAGCAGGCCGAUUUGUAUAUAUGCAUUGAGGUCGACUCGUAUGGCCAUUAUUUCCGCAAGGCCACCACCAAAAUGAUCUGUCGCAGCCAGUGCCCGCUGUGGAAUGAGAGUUUCAUGCUCGAACUGGAGGGCAGUCAAAAUGUUCGCAUUCUGCUGUACGAGGCCAAGGAACGACCGCUGUUGCGUGCCAAACACAUACUCAAACUGAGCCGCAGCUGGCUAACGGAAACAACACAAACGCGCAGCAUUAAGCUGAGCGAAACGCUCGAGCUGAGCGCCAGUUUCCGUUUUGUGCCUGGCGAGCUGUGUCGCGCCACUACCAAACCAGGCGCACUCUUUGGUGCCAAAAUGAGUCAAGUAUUAAAGCGCGAGAAACGCGACAUUCCGUUCAUUAUCAGUGCCUGCAUACGCGAAGUGGAGCGUCGUGGCAUGCUCGAGGUUGGCUGCUAUCGCGUCAGUGGCUCUGCCUCCGACCUGGCCAAGCUCAAAAAGGCAUUUGAAUCGGAUGCGUACGAGGCGGAGCAGCUGCUGCGCGAGGUGGAUAUUCAUUCGGUGACGGGCAUACUGAAGACAUUCUUGCGUGAGCUACCAGAGGCGCUCUUCUCGGAUCUGCUGUAUCCGCGCUUCUUUGAGACAUUCAGCGCAUUUAGCAACAACAAUGAAGCCACACGCAUCAACGAGUUGCUCAAGGUUUACGAGGAGCUGCCUCCGGCCAAUAAGGCCUCUAUCAAUAUGAUACUCGAUCAUCUAAUCAGAGUGCACGAAAAGGAGGGGGACAAUAAGAUGUCGCUGCACAAUCUGGCGAUGGUGUUUGGUCCCACACUCCUGCGACCGGGACAGACGCAGGUGAAGCAAAAGGAUCCACUUGCCGCCAGCACUGUCGACGUGAUGGCACAGGCGGGCAUACUUUAUUGUUUCCUGCAGGCGCGCAUCAAGAAGGAUUAAAAUGCUAGGCGUUUCUAUCUUCUUUUUUUUCCAACCAUACAAAUAUUUACAAAACAUCAAACAAAAACAAAAAAAAAGAACAACCAUAUAUAUAACUAUGGCCUAUGCUUGAAACGCUCCCGCACAAUCCCCAAAUCCAACGCACACAGCAACCAGAUACACAAACUUAAGAGCUACGGGCGAUUUGUUAGCUGAUACUAAUUAACUGAACAAAGUGCUCAAUUGCGGGCCAAACAAAACAAUACAAGCAAAACACCAACAUACACGCACACACAUACACA